AUGGACCAAUUGAAUGCAAGAGAACAACAAGACUUCCAGAAGCUUGUAGAACAGAAGCAAAUGAAAGAUUUCAUGCGUCUGUACUCUAAUUUAGUGGAAAGAUGUUUUUCUGAUUGUGUUAAUGAUUUCACAUCAUCCAAGCUCACUAAUAAGGAACAAAGUUGUAUAUUAAAAUGUUCCGAAAAGUUUCUCAAACAUAGUGAGAGAGUUGGGCAACGUUUCCAGGAACAAAACGCUGCUUUAGGCCAAGGUUUGCAACGUUAA